GGAUUGCUGUCAGGUGCAUAGCGGGUGAAGGGCUGUGGAAAUGGUGCUUUCCUGUUCGGCUUAUGGCUGUAAGAAUCGGUAUGAUAAGGAUCGGGGAGUUUCUUUCCAUAGGUUUCCCCUGAAACGACCAGAGCUGUGUAAGAAAUGGUUGGCUGCAGUAAGGAGACGUAAUUUUACACCCACCAAAAACAGCAAUCUUUGCUCAGAACAUUUCACGUUGGACUGCUUUAGAAAGAACUGUAACAACAAAAUACUGGAAGAAAAUGCUGUGCCAUCCAUAUUCUGCUUUACCCGACCAAAUCAACAAUCAAAGAAAUUAGAAAUACCAAUGACAAGUAACCAACCUAAUGCAGAAGAAAUAACAGAGGACACCGCACUGAAACAAGCACAUGGUUUGCUAACUGUUUAUGAUCACAGCUAUAGUGUCGGUGAUGCAUGUUUGCAAAAGAAAAAGAUUCAGCAAUUGGAAGAACAGAAUGAGAAGCUGAAGAAGAAACUGAAAUUCUUGCAGCAGAAAUCACGCCGCCAAGAGCAACGAUUACAGAAAAUGAAGAAGUUAUUACAGGAACUUAAUACACAAGAGAUACUACCACAUCAGAGAUGUGUACUGUUAAAUGAUACUUUGUAUGAAGUGACUAAAGUUUAGCAUUUAUUGGUAUCAUAUUUAUUAAAUGGCAGAUAAUUAUGUUUCCACACUGCCUAGGAUCGAGGAAAGGAGGUAAUGAUCAGAAUGCCUCGGGUCACUGCGAGGCCUUUGUUUACAUUGUACAUAAAUGAUAUAAAUAAGAACAACUGAAUAAAUUUUCUGAUAUGGGUUUAAGCAACUGCAAUAACAGACCAUCUCCAACUCUAGAAGAAUGUGACAGAGCACUCAAGUUUAGAAUAGCUAAAAAUAGUGAUGAAGUUGAAUCGAUGGACUGACCGGUGAGAAUACAAAGUGAACAAUAGUAGGACAUGAUAAAUCUAGGAUAUUGAUAGAUCACUUAGUUUAACAAUCACUGUAUGAGAAAGCAAUAAAGACAAUCUAGGCCUUGGCAUCUGCAUUCAGAGGGAUGAAUAAAAGUCACUGUUGGUGAUGGGCAAAUUUUAGAACUCAUUCAGUCCUAACUGGAGUACUGUGUGUAGUUCUGGUCUAUGCUACAGUGAAGGACUCGUCUAAAUCAGUCAGAAAGGAUUGGGGAUCUGAACGAAGAGAAGCAAGUGAAGAAGCUGGGAAUAUUUAUGCUGCAAAAAAAACUUGGAAAAACUACAUCAAAGCUUUAAGCUUGUAAAGGCCCACAGAUAAAGUGAACUGUAAUAAAAUACUGAACGUCACAAAGUGCAUUUAGGUGGAAGUCACACUUGGAAAAGGGGAAAUUAACAGUUUAGAUUUAACUUCAGUUUGGAACAGCAUUUAGCUAAAAUCUUCUGUUUUUGUCCAUAACUACCAAAUCUAAUUUCCUCCUUUUUGUUUUCUUCACAGAGAUUAUUUUGCCUCUUAAUUUUGCUUUUAGAAGUAACUGGAUUUAUUCAGCAUUGUCAGAACAUUUCACAUAACUCUCCUUUUUUUUUCCCCCUAACUUCCUCAUGGAAAUUCUUUAUUAAAUCACCCUUUAAUAUCAGUUCUGUUAACAUAAAGCAAUUCCAGUUUCUCAAGUCUUUGUAACUGAUAUAACCACAUGAGGGGGUUACAUCUUUAGAGGGAUUCAUGAAUCGAGAUGGUGUCCCAAUCAAAGGUUUGGUGCAAGUUCAAUAUUACCUCCUUGCAUCUAUACUAAUUCUAGAUUUUAAAAAAGCAAGGGUUCCACUUGCCUGUCUUUUAAUAGCUUUAUCUAAUUACACUUCUCACCUUUUUAAUGAUUUACACACCAAGGACCUUUCGCUCGUCUACACAAUUUUUAAAUCUUGUCCUUCAUAGUCUGUUUCCUUAUUCCAAGUAUUUGAGGGGUGUUUUUUUUUUUUAAAAAAAAAAUUUGUAUUCAAAAUUUAAAACUGCAGUGGUCAUUUUGGUCCUGUGUAAUGUUUUAACUGCACUUCCAAAAUCUCAAAGUUGUAUAUAAAAUAAUCUUUCUGCAAUUAGUUAAUGUUUAAAAGAUGUAAUAUAAUGUGAGUCUCUAGACAAUUGCAGGUUAUGUAAAAUAUGUAAUAAAAAG